AUGCUGCUGGAGUUGAACCAGAGAAACUUGACCCUCAUACAACUCGUUGGUUUUCUGCUGCUCCACAGGGACAAUAUGGAAUCCUUCAAGGAGGAGAAACAGGGGUUAUCGGCCCAGGUCUGGCCCACUGGACCUGGGUCCUGGACUCAGGUCAGCUGCCCCUGCUGCAUGUCCAGCCAGGUGGAACCUCUGGUUCUGAUCCAGCUGUCUGAGGAGAUCCAGCCCGUCACCAAGAAAUGGAUCAUGUCCCGGAUCGCCGCAGUGGAGAAAGACGGAGGGGCUCAGCUCUUAGCCCAUCCAGGGGAGGAUAUGAGUUCAGACUUGAUUGUGGUGUCAGCUCCACGCUGCACUCUGCUGAGGGCCACAGAAGACCUGGGCCUCUGUAAGCCAUACAGGGACGGAAGCAUGGCUGCCUUCUCCUACCAGGACCGCCACAGUUUCAGCAAUAUCGAUGACAUGCAGCAGUUCCUGACCCUAGCGGAGCGGCAGUACAUAGUCAAGUAUGAAUUGGAGUCUCUCAGGGCCUUGGAAGACCAACGUAUCCCAGGAGUCCCUGAGCCUCAGUGUAACCUCAAAGCCAGGGAGAAUAUCUUCCAGAAGCUGGAAAAGGCAGGAGUAAUACAGAAUGUUUUUCCCCUUCAUGACCAGAAGAGGCUGCGGGAUCUGGGACGAGAGUGGUACUCUAAGAGAAAACUCUGGGGCCAGCCUCUGGACUCUAUCCAGGCCUACUUUGGGGGAACGGUGGCAUUCUACUUCAGCUUCUUGGACUUUUACACUUGGGCUCUGGUUCCUCCAGCCGUCCUGGGCGUCCUCCUGACCCUGCUGAUGCCCAGCCCUGUGAGGUCCAUGGCAGAGGGACAGGAGCUGUCGGGCAGCCCAGAGACUGAUGCCAAGGCUGGGAUGGAAGAUCCGGACCACCCCUCCGUGAGCGCUCACAUGGUUCAGGCCGUCUUCAGCAUGCUGUGGUCCACCAUCUUCAUGGAGCUGUGGAAACGCAGAAGUUCCGCCCUCUCCCACCGCUGGGGCACGCUCCACCUGGCCGAACGUUUUGCCGAGCCCCGUCCCGGCUUCCGAGGAGAGUUGGGGACCAAUCCGGUCACGGGGCGGGUGGAGCCACUGUUUCCUGAGUGGCAGAGGAACCUGAGGGUGGGUUUGGUGUCAUUUCCAGUGGUGGGUUUGUUUCUGGGACUGGUGGUACUGGGCAUGGCUGGGUUCUAUUACUUCGAGGGCUUCAUCUCCCAGCUCCAUCAGGACAGCGGUGGUUCCUUCAUCACGACUGCCUUACUUUACCUCCCUUCUAUGGCACACAUAGUCUACACCAACGUGCUGGGUAACAUUUACCGCAAUGUGGCCCUGCAGCUCACAGAAUGGGAAAACCACAGGGAAGAGACCUCCUUCCAGAACCAUCAUACCACUAAAGUCUUGGUGUUUACCUUCUUCAAUUACUUUGCUGUGCUUUUCCACAUUGCCUUCUUCAAACAAGACUUGCCACUUCUGCGAAAGAGACUGGCCUCUCUGCUGAUAAUAACUCAGCUGAUUAACCAGUUUACUGAACUGGUGGUUCCUUUCCUUGUGGACUGGUUCUUUAACACACCAGAGAAGGAGGUGAAGGAAGAUGACCCAGAGGCUGAUAAACUCCAGGCCCAGGGCAGCCUACCAACGUUUCCUGGCCUGUUUGCGGAGUAUAUUGAGUUGCUGGUACAGUUUGGCUAUCUGAGCCUGUUCUCCUGCGUGUACCCUCUCACAGCAGUUUUACUGCUCCUCAAUAACGUCACAGAGAUCCGUGCAGAUGCCUUUAAGAUCUGUAAACUGUUCCGUAAGCCCUUUGCCGCCCCUGUGGCCAACAUGGGCGUGUGGCAGGCUGCAUUUGAAGUCCUAGGUUUCAUAUCAGUGAUGUCUAAUUGCUGGCUUUUACUGCUCUCUCCUCGAGUCAAAGAAUUCACGCUGGAGGCUGGUCUCAGCACCCGGAAUGUUCUGCUCUUCGCCAUUAUGGUGGAGCAUGUUCUGAUUGUGGUGAAGCUCAUCCUGGCAUUUAUGAUUCCUGAUGAACCAGAGUGGGUCAAGAUUGACAGAGAGAAGAUUGAAUAUCAUUCAUUGAAAGCCCUGAAUCAACAAAAACACUGACAAGGCUGAGGCCAGCUCUGGACCAGCUGAAACCAAAGACAGAGACAAACAGAGGGAGCAAUGCCUAAAGCCUAU